AUGAAGAUGAAGACUGAGAUCCUGCUCAUCGCCAUGCUCCUCUUCAGCGACCUCUUCGCGGAUAUCGUCACAUCCCAAGACCACGACGACGACGACGGCGACCAGGGAUCGUCCUCUUCAUCUCCGGCGACCCCCUGCUCCUCCAAUCUCGGCGCCGAAGCAGCAAAUCUCAUCCCUUUCAACACUUCCUCCCUCGGCUGCUACACCGCCUGGAGAUCUCGCGAUUUCAUCCUCCUGGUAAUAAUCCAUUCUCCUCCUCCCUCCCCAAUGGCGAGAUCUGUGACUGAAUGCGGCCAUUCCGUGUUCCAGUACAAGCAGGAGCAACCGGGGCUAUGGAGCUUCGUCCUCUCGGCACCGGACAACAACGCCUACAUCGCGGUGGGGUUCUCCACAAACGGGCGGAUGGUCGGCGCCAGCGCCGUCGCCGGCUGGGUCGCCAGCGGCGGAGCUGGGGUGGUGAAGCAGUACGCCCUCCGGGGGACGAGCUCCACAGACUGCCCACCGGACCAGGGAAGCCUGCAACUCGUGCCGGCGAAGUCAACCAUUCUUUCGCUGUCCUCCCGUAUCUACCUCGCCUUCCAGCUGAACACUACGCAGCCCCAGACGCGGCUCAUCUACGCCGUCGGCCCCCGGGGAUCUCUACCAGGCUCCGACUUCUAUCUGGCGGAGCACGAGAGCAUGGUGUCCACCGCCGUAGACUACACAACCGGUGGGUCUGCGAGAAAAGCGAAAAAGCUCAGAGCUUUUCCUCUUGAUCUCACCUUCAAGCUGGAAAUCUGCAGGAAGGAGCUCUGGCGAGAGCGAGUCUUCUUCUUCCUCCCUGCGGCGUGCCCACGGGGUGCUCACACUGAUCGGGUGGGGCGUUUUACUACCCAUCGGCAUGGCGGUGGCUCGCUACUGCAAGCACUGGGACCCCGCAUGGUUCUACGCCCAUAUCUUCCUCCAGGGCGGCGGCUUCGUCCUCGGCCUCGCCGGCGUAAUCACCGGCUUCCGCCUCGAGGACAAGGUCAGCGACGACGUUGACACCCACAAAGCCAUCGGCAUCUUCAUCCUCGUCUCCGGUUCCCUUCAGGUAUCCAACCUCCCCUCAAUAACUCUCUGUGAUCCGCCAUUAAUAGCGGUCUCUGAGCUCCCCUCCUCCCGCAGGUGGUGGCGCUGCUGGUGCGGCCGAAGAAGACGGCGAAGGUGAGGAAGUACUGGAACUGGUACCACCACUACCUGGGCCGGAUCGCCGUCGCCUUCGCCGCCGGCAACAUCUUCUACGGGCUGUCUCUCGCCGACGAGAAGAGCUCUUGGACCAUCGGCUAUGCCGUCUUCCUCGGCCUCUGGUUCCUCCUCUCCCUCAUCCUGGAGAUCCGAACGCGUAAGAAAACGAAGUGA